CAUUUACGCAUAUGUUCCGUCCGCAAGACAUGGACAUACUGCAGUUCUUGUUGAUAAUAAGAUUUAUUUUCAAGGUGGAUCUGGUCCGACUACCCCAGUCAUUGAUAAUUUUUUUUACCUUGAUGUAUCAAAGACUUUUGAUAUAAAACUACUUCCUUGGACCGAUCUUUCUUAUAAGGUUUCUUCAGCUCGAAUCACUGGUGCAUCUUGUGUUAAUGAAAUUAAAAAUGAUUCUAUAUUUUUUAUCGGUGGGAGAGGCCCCGUACAGAAAUUUGACCUUGCAACGCAGAGUUGGAGUAAUCCACUUAUUUCAGGAAAUGAACCAUUAAAUAUAACCGGCAUUAAUUGUGUUGUUUCAAAAGAUGCAAUUUAUAUCUUUGGAGGAAAUACCCUAAAUAAUCUAUAUAUAUUAAAUACCUCAACUUUAACAUGGACAGUAUCUACAGCAACAAACGCACCUACUGCACGGUUUAGAUAUAGCGUAACAUUGUUACCAAAUGGUGAUGCUCUAUAUAUUGGCGGAAUGACCCCUGAUCGUACACUUCUUCCAAUCGCAGACAUACCAACCUAUAAUACUACAUCAGGUCAAGUUCCAGCUACUCGGGCUGGUCAUACUGCAACUUUUAUAUCUAAAUAUGAUCAAAUUUUAAUAAUCGAUGGAUUUCAAGGUGCUGGAAUUGUUGCUUUAGAUGCCACAAAAUUUGUUUGGUCAGUACCUGCAGUUUCAAAUUCCGGUAGCGGUAUUUUACCAGGCUUAUUUUGGCACACUUCCACAUUGAUUGGCGAUUAUAUUUUCGUUGCAUUUGGGGAAUAUGUUGACAAUCAACCAUCAGCUAAUACCUAUUUGCUUGAUAUAAGCCAAAAAAAUAAUUACAUGUGGACUACUUCAUAUACACCUACGAAUGCGGUAUCUCCUUCUUCAACUUCGAGUUCAAUAUCUCCUUCUUCGCCCUCAAAUCCCUCUCCAUCUUCGAAUUCUUCUUCAUCUUCGAACUCUGCAACUUCUGACUCACCUUCUUCAUCUUCUAAUAUGAUUGUCAUAAUAGUUGUUGGAAUUGCUGGUGGUACCAUAGUGUCAGUUUUACUAAUAACUGCAAUUUUUUUCGGAAUUCGCCGUAUAAGAAGACGUGGUGUCAAGGCAAUUUUUGGUUUAGGCCUAUAG